AUGAAGCCGAGACUGAGUGACUUCUUCGGCAACGGAAUGUUGAUUUUGUGCUGCCUGGCUCUAGCACGCUUCCAGUGGGCGGUCAUGCUGGUUCGCCGGGCCCAUGGGGCUGUGGCCCGUCCAUCCCGUCGUAGAGCUCUGCGAGCCUGGCAUCAUGGCUGGAUCUCGCCGUGUCGUUUGGAGAGCUCUGGCUCUGUCGCUGGACUGCCGGGCUGGAGGGAGGUCUCCUGGCCUUUCCAAGGUUGGGCUGACUGCUACAUGGCCUUCAACGAUCCACCUGGGGAGAUGCUCCACAUUGUCUUGAGUCUUCUGCGGGCUGGUCUCGUUGACAUUGACCGUUUAGUGAGCGUGGCUGGGUCGAUGACCGCGCUUAAUCUACUCACAGCUGUGAAUCCCAGGCGUCUACACUUCUUUGACAUGAAUCCUUGUGCAAUCUUGUGGGGCAAGAUGCUUUGUGAGCUUGUCUUGCUUUCGGACACACCACAAGAGUUCGUUUCCCGGCUCUUUGCAAGAAGCGUGGCCGAAUUCGAGUGCGAUGCUGGCCAGCUGACGUUCCGAAACCAGGAGAAGUUUCUGACGCGCCCAGUGUCGGCAGCUAUGCGAGAAGAGACCCGGCAAGCUCUGUCGGAUGAGGCAGCCUCUGUCUACUCGCAGAUAUUGUCUGCGUAUCAGGAUGGAGCGGUGCGGGACGGUUGGAACACGCCGAGAAUUGUGCCGUGCGAAGACCGGCGGCGGCUGCACCACUCCACGCGGUCUGGUUUGGGAAGCCAGGGCCGCCUCCCUGGUGAUGGGGUCGCCUCCUUCCACUAUGGAGAGGGCUGGCUCGCAUCCUCCUGGCUCUACGGGGAGGUGCGGAGGAAGCUCCGGGAGACCCAACCGACCUGGUCGAGCCAAGUGGAUUUCCCGGCCGCCGGGCCGGAAGACUUGCUCCCGGACCUUGCUGGUGCCUGCGAAUCCCCAAUCACACUCCUGUUCUUGAUGGACAUGUUCUCCUCCGAAUUCGCCAGCGCCUGGUCACCUGACCAGGCCUUGAGGAUGGCGCGGCAUGCGGGCCGGCUGCUUGUGGCUCAGACGAUCACUGCCCAAAAGAGUCACCUUUUACAGGAGCUGAUCCCUGGACAGACACCACCAUGGAUGAGCCUCUCGGACUGGGACUCCAUGGCGCUGCUUCCGCAAGAAUUCUGCCGUGUUGGUGCAUCGCUGACCCCUGGCUGCCGGCCUCCAGGAAGUUCCGGGGAGGUCUUCCGGAGAUGUCAUCCCCUCAUGCGCGAUCCGAGUUUGACCUCGCACAUGCACCGCUUGGUGGAAGAGCUGACACGAAGCUCAAGCGUUUCAGAUGCCAGUCAAAAGAAAUCAAGACUUCCGAUCUCUGGAGCUUCGAGCCCAGCUGCGCCGAUGAAGCGCCGUGGCCAGCCUCCCGCGCCCAAGGCGAAAGGGAAGGCCAAGAAGUCUGCGGAGGAGGAGCCGAGGAAGCGCAUCUGUCACAAAGCGGCUUUCACCGAGCCGACCAGGAAGCGGCUCGGAAAGGCCGAGUUGGCAGCUGCACGGGUGAGGGCGCAGGAAGUUGUGGAGACCGCUUUUCUGCACACGCAAUCAGCGGAGGCUGCCCUCCGGAAAGAGGCAGAGGAUGCAGAGGCCGCAAAGAAAGAGCUGCAGACUUGGGAGUCUGCCCAUGCGAAGGCCGCUGCGUCUGCUGCUGCUGCGCAGCUUGCGGUGGAGGAAUCGGUGGCGCGCGCCGCCGAAGCCACUGAGCGCGCGGCCGAGGCCCGGCGCCGUGCGGAGGAAGCCGAGGCCCUCGCGGCCACCGCGAAGCGGGAGGCCGAAGCGCGGCAGGAGACCUUCCGAAAGUGCCAAGGAGAGGCAGCGGAGGCAGAGCGGGGAUUGCAGGAAGAAGUCCUUCGGGGCGAGGCUCAGCGCCAGGCGGGAGACGAGGCAAAGCGGAGGCGGAGCCAAGAGGAGAACCUCCUUGUGUUCAAGCUGCGCAGCCUGUGCGAGCAGCUGGGCAUCUCAAUCCGAGAGACCAAACAGGACAUGGUAGAGGCCUUGGAGAAGCACCUGGAGCAAGAAGGAUACGAAGUGAAGCGGCCCAAGACGGAGCCGACAGAGGACUCGCAGGCUUCAGCCGCGACGACACAGCAGUCGCAGCCGGACGCUGAAGUCUUGGCGGCCCAGGCCAGUGCUGGCCUGCCAGAAGCCGAUCAGAGCGCUGCAACGGGUCCUCCUUUGCAGGAAGCGGCAGAGGAAGCCGCAGAGAAGGUUCGCCCACCGUCUCCGGUCAAGGUAAGCCUACCACCGCCGGCUGACGUGCCCAUGGCAGAGGCGGAGGCCUCGAAGAAGAGCACGAGCUCAAGCCAAUCUGCCCCAGCAGACUCAAGUGCACCACCUCAGGUUGCCAGCGCAGCCACCUCGAGCUCUUCCAGCACAGUCGUUCUCGUUGUAGAGGGUGGCCAGUUCCGUGUGGAGAACACGUUCCCGGCCGAGACAGCGGAGGCCCAGCAGCACGAGCUGCGGAGGGCACUGGCAGACGCGGCAGCGGCUCUACUUCGAACAAAGGCCGAAGAGGCGGAGGCCGUGGAGGCACACAAAGCCUUUGUCGUGCAGAUGGAGAGCAGGGCCCAGGCCGCAAAGCCAGUGACUCAGAAGGCAGAAGAGGCCGUCGCAAAGGCCCAGGAUGCCUUGAAGGCUUGCGACGAGGAGGUCGGCAAAGUUCAGAGAGUGAAGCAGAGCUUCGAGGAGCUUUUCGAAAAUCCGUGCGACAAGGCCAAGACCAAGAUCAAGGCCCUUCGGACGGCUUUGAAACCGUAUGGACUUGACGAGGCACAGCUCCAGGGGUUACCUGAGAUCAUGGUCAAGAAGAAGGCCAAGCACACCGCAAAGGACAAGAAAGUCCUGACCUUGAUCCAGGAAACACUGGCCGCACAGCUCAAGGGAAGCUGGGACCUCAGCGGUGCAGCAGCAAAAGUAGACCCUGUCCGAACGUCCAUCGUGCCUUGCACGAUGUGGACCUUAUUGCAAGAAGGUGCCCAGGACCAGCAAAGCACACAGACACGAGAAUCACCAUAA